GGUGGGUGUUCCCGCCACUAUAUAAAGCAGCGCGCUCUGUCCUGAUCAAUGAAGUCUGAUCAACAAUCAGCACGCGUGAUGUUUCUCUUCACAGUAUUGCUUCUGCCGGUUCUGUCGGUCUCCGGCUCUGAUCGAGUGUAUCAGCGCGUGGAUCCAGUGACCGGACAGACCCUCGUGUGUGAUCGGUGUCCGCCGGGGUUCCGCCUGAGCGCGCACUGCACGCGCUCCCGUCCGACAGAGUGUGUCCCGUGCGGCGCGGAUCUGUACACGGAGUUCUGGAACUUCAUCCCGAACUGUCUGCGGUGCGACGCGUGUACCGACCGUCAGCGGGUCGUUCGGGCGUGUAACGGGACCGUUAAUACCGUGUGUGAAUGUGAGGUCGGGUUUUAUUGGGAUCAAUUCUUCUGCAAGAGACACACCGUGUGUAAACCGGGACACGGAGUCAAAUCAUCAGGUACACCGCACACAGACACGGUGUGUGAACUGUGCACAGAUAGACAGUUCGCUGACAUCACACAGACACAUGCGGCAUGCGUCACUCACAGCACCUGCGCGUCACAGGAACACCUGGUGCUGCCGGGAUCAACCUGGCAUGAUAAUGUGUGUGCCACAUGUGACCAGAUCACAGAGAAAGGUUGGGUGGAUUUAUUCCGUCCGGUUCUCUCAGGUCUAUUCGUACAUCAGAGAAUUCCCACGCGACGUCUGCAACGGAUUGUGAAUCACCUCUUCCGUCAGCGAGGACAGAGACUGCAGAACACAGAGAGUCCGAUGGAGAAAAUCCAGCAAUGGAUCGGUGGAGCAUCACAGGAGGAGCUGCUAAACCUUCUGAAGAUACUGAAGGAAUCCCGUCUGGACCAUUUCGCAGAAAAAAUAGCACACAAAAUCAGAAUAUUCCUCAAGUCUCACCUUCAGUGCAACAACAGCAUACUUAUGUUAACCCACAAGCCUUAACCUACAGUCAUGUGAUGCAUUAUCAUCUCAUUAGACAUGCUGAUCUGUUACUGUAUACUCUUAUGUGUCCUUGCUGAACUUCACAGUUUGCAUGAUGUCAUUAAGAGGCAUAAACCUGUUCAGCUGUGAUCACACACACACUAACACACACACAUACACACACACACAAAACACACACACGCUCACUCACACACACAACACACACACACGCUCACUCACACACACAACACACACACACGCUCACUCACACACACAACACACACACACGCUCACUCACACACACACAACACACACACGCUCACUCACACACACAACACACACGCUCACUCACACACACACACACACACGCUCACUCACACACACAACACACACGCUCACUCACACACACAACACACACACACGCUCACUCACACACACACACACACACACGCUCACUCACACACACAACACACACGCUCACUCACACACACAACACACACGCUCACUCACACACACAACACACACACACACACAACACACAACACACACACUCACACACACACACACUCACACACACACAACACACACACACGCUCACUCACACACACAACACACACGCUCACUCACACACAACACACACGCUCACUCACACACACACACACACGCUCACUCACACACACACACACACGCUCACUCACACACACAACACACACACGCUCACUCACACACACAACACACACACGCUCACUCACACACACAACACACACGCUCACUCACACACACA